CAAGCGCCAUUCGAAUAACUUCAUCCGUAUGCGAUAGGUGGCUCUGCUAUGUGAAUUUGACGUAUGUCAAAUUCGGUUGUGUUUAUCUGUCCGUCCAUAGGAUGUGUACGAUGUUCUGUUCGCGUACAUAAACAAGGGAAAUUGGCAGAAGUACAUCGGUGACAAGCAUUUAAGGAAAACACAUAGUGUAAUCUGUGUUUGCCUGAAAAUUUGUAAAUUUGCGUUGUAAUAGCCUGAUUAAUACUCAAAAUGUCACAGUUACUAUCAGCUGUACGUCGAACACAGUCAAAUUAUCAAGACUUGGAUAAGUCAUCGUCAGGAGAGUCUCCUAUUACGCCUGAAGAGAUUGAAAUGACUUCCGUCUCAGUAAUACCAGAUGAUACUUUCACCGUGACACAGGCUGUGAAUGCACUGGGCUUUGGGAAAUUCCAAGUUCGUCUGUCUUUGCUGACAGGCCUGUGUUGGAUGGCAGACAGCAUGGAGAUGACUAUUCUCAGUGUGCUUUCGCCAGCACUGCACUGUGAGUGGCACAUCUCACGCUACCAACAGGCUCUCACUACAACAGUGGUUUUCUUGGGGAUGAUGUUAAGUUCGACUUUUUGGGGCAAUUUGAGUGAUAGAUAUGGACGCAAAACAGCACUGACUCUGUGUGGAGCGCUGCUGUCGUGUUAUGGGCUCCUGUCCUCACAGGCACCCAACUUCCUCUGGAUGUUACUGCUAAGGGGCCUGGUUGGUUUUGCCAUAGGAUGUGUGCCGCAGUCUGUGACAUUGUACGCAGAAUUCCUACCAACAAAACAAAGGGCAAAGUGUGUUGUUCUUCUGGAUUGUUUCUGGGCAUUAGGUGCCUGCCUGGAGGUUGUCUUGGCCCUGCUGGUGAUGCCAACACUUGGUUGGCGUUGGCUGCUGGCUCUAUCUGCAGUUCCCGUCAUAGUGUUCGCCUGUGUGACUCCAUGGCUGCCGGAAAGUGCCAGGUAUCACGUUGCAAGUGGCAAACCUGAAGUGGCCCUGGCCACACUGCAGCAAAUUGCACACGAAAAUGGUCGACCCGAAUUGCCAGGACGUCUGGUGGUGGAAUCGGCGUCAUCGGCUACCAAGCGUGGUCGUGUUUCUGAUCUCCUGUUGCCAGAGCUCAGGAGGACAUCAUUGCUGCUUUGGCUGAUCUGGACUGCAUGUGCCUUCUGCUACUAUGGCGUCGUCCUCAUGACAACAGAACUUUUUGAAGCUGCAGAUGGUACCUGUUCACUUGCAGCAACUGUCCUUCGUCCAGUUGACACUUGUAGUGCUGACUGUCGUGAACUUGCUGCCACUGAUUACAUGGAUCUUCUCUGGACUACACUUGCAGAGUUUCCAGGUAUAUUUGCCACUAUAUUUGUUAUUGAAAGGUUCGGUCGAAGGAACACAAUGGCUGUGCAGUUCGUGAUUUUCACCAUCUGUAUUUGCUUCCUCUUUAUUUGUACAAGCAACCGAGGUUUCCUGACAUCAGUCCUCUUUUUGGCAAGAGGCAUCAUAGCAGGAGUGUUCCAAGCUGCAUAUGUGUAUACACCAGAGGUGUAUCCAACCCCUCUCCGAGCUGUUGGUGUAGGUACCUGCAGUGCCAUGGCAAGAUUAGGGGCAAUGGUUACACCAUAUGUAGCCCAGGUCUUGAUGCAGGCAUCACUGAUACUUGCUACAGCAGUGUAUGCAGUGGCAGCCAUAAUGGCAGCCAUUGCUUGUUUUCUACUGCCAGUUGAAACUCAAGGAAAGGAGAUGAAGGAUGCUGUUGCAUCCAGACGAAAUCCUUCUCCUCGUUGACACUGCAUAGUAAUUUAGAGUAAUUUGUUAGUUAUAGAAGUAGAUGAAAUUACAAGUCUCAUCAAAGAUCAUGUGAUACCGGGAAUUGGGAGCCCCAUAGAAAUGUUAUAUGGGGUGACACAGUAAUUAUUGUGUUGCUGCUGUAGUGGCCAAGAAAGACCAAAAAUGGGAAGCAGUGGAUCAUAAACUUGAUAUUAACAUUUCUUUAUUAUUAAGAGCUUGACAGCAUAGUUGAUUAAGCAUGAGAAAAUUAUUAUAUAUUACUUAUUGAUGUGCCUGUUAUAGACUAGAGUUCAGAAGUGCUAAAACUGGAAUGAGAAUUCAUUGCAGCUAUUUUUUUUUUAAUAUGUUCAGAUUUUGCACAUAUAGACCAGAAACUGGUAUCAGAAACAGUGCUGAACUAUGAGUUUAUCUCAUUUAUUUUUUCAUGACUUGGUCAGUGACAAAAAAGAACAUAAAUUACCAGGCGUACAAUAUUUUACAACAGUAAAAUAGGACAAAGGAGCAAAAUCUUCUGUCGUAGUGGUGCUAACAAUUUUGUGAAGCACCUGACACUCUGCGAUUAAUGAAAAGCUCAUUAAAACUGCAGAAUUACAUGAUGCUUUUUUAAAAUUUAUGUGUAAAGAUCUUGAUGUGGCAAGAUACUGUAAUCAUCUCUCCUUCUCAUUUGGGUUCACAACAGUUUUGGUAGGAUUCCUUAUUCUUGUUUUGGCAGGAUUCCUUAUUCUUGUUUUGGUUAAGGAGAUGUUAGGAGAGAUAUUUUGGGACACUACAUUGAAGAUGAAAAUGAGAGAUGUAGACAGUUCAUAUAAAAUUGCCAAGUAUUAUUUAACAAUUUCAUUGAUUCAUAAUGAUGCUGUGCCAACAACUCAUGUUUACCACAUUUCAAUAUUCUUGAAAAAAAUUCUUAAAUCAUCCGUGGGAUGUGUCAAGGGCAUGUGGCGGCAAAGAAACAAGCAUAUCAUCUUUGAGUUCAGAUGAAAAAAUGACUUUCACAAGGUGAAUUCCGAAAGUCAGCUUGCCUGUUAACAUGCCUAACAAAGUUAAAACAGCCAUAGACUUUGUAUUUUGUUAGGUACACAUACCAAAGACUGGAUGACCUGUUCUUAUUCCACAGUUUCAACAGACUGUGAAAGUACUAUGAAUGUAAUAAACAUAUUCACCCAUCCAUGAAGAACUAGAUUGGCUGUAACACAUCAAAAUCAUUUUGUGGAAGCCAGAAAGUUGUUGUAAUAGAUAACAGUUUAAUAACAAAUGUUUCAAAAAGUAUUACUAGAUAACCUGUACUGCUGCACCCAAAUGUAAUCUCACUUCUAUUUCUCUGAAUUUUAAUCAUUGUGACAUGUGGUAGCUGUCCUCCUUGUCAUGUAGUCAUGAAUUUUUCCAGUAUUAUGUGUUAGAGUAUUACAUCAUGCACACAACUGAAUACUUUACUGAUUCAUUCAGUUUAACAAAUGUUGCAUUAUAAUAGGUAAUGUUGAAAUUGUGUGUACUCGCUGUACAAUAACAAUACAGAGCUCUUACCUCAGGGUGUGGAGUGAGAUGAGUCAUUUCUCAAAAAGUGUCUGAAAUAGAUUUAUUUAAUGUUGUGUAUAAAUAUAUUUUGUGCAUGUUGUUUCUCAUGUAAAUAAUUUCAGUGUAAAACAGUUGCAUUUAUUAGGUGUAUCUUACAGUUGUAUAACUGCAGCCAUUGCUGAAAUGGAAAGAAAUAAGCUCAAGGGUUUGCCCUGUAUGAUUGUAAUUCCAGUGAGUAUUGUGUUCUGCCAUAAGGGUUAUGUCUUUGUGAUUUGUGAUUCUUACAGAUGCAGCAAGGCUUUGAGACAUAUUAUGAAAUGAAAUAAAGUAAAACAGUUAGUA